AAGAUGGCGGCGGCAGCGGUGGCAGCGGACCAGGCGGCCCGGCCCGGAGCAGCCAGAGCAGCCGCUGGCAGGAGGAUGCCCCGAAGCGGGGAGCAGGGCGCCGAGCCUCGCCGGCUCCCGGGCUUGUAACCGCCCCAGCCGGACACCCCCUGACCUGCUCGUCCUUCAGUGAAUCUACAGAGCUAUUUUCUCAGGAGUCCAGCCAGGCCUUACUUCAGCCAUAAAGUGGGAAGGCUGGCUACAACAAAUACAAUUCAAGAUGUCUGGUAAAGGGAGCAGCACAGAUGGCAAAACAGACCUUGCGAAUGGAAGCUUAUCCAGCAGUCCAGAGGAAAUGUCUGGGACAGAAGAGGGGAGAGAAACAUCUUCAGGCAUCGAGGUCGAAGCUUCAGACCUAAGCCUGAGCCUAACUGGGGAUGACGGGGGUGGCCCCAACCGUACCAGCACAGAAAGCCGAGGCACAGAUACAGAGAGCUCAGGGGAGGACAAGGACUCUGAUAGCAUGGAAGACACUGGCCACUACUCCAUUAAUGAUGAAAACCGGGUCCAUGACCGCUCAGAGGAAGAGGAAGAGGAGGAAGAAGAAGAGGAGGAGGAAGAGGAGCAGCCCCGGCGCCGGGUUCAGCGCAAACGGGCCAAUCGUGAACAGGACUCAUCAGAUGAUGAACGAGCGCUUGAGGACUGGGUGGCCUCAGAGACAUCAGCUCUUCCCCGGCCCCGCUGGCAAGCCCUCCCAGCCCUGAGAGAGAGGGAGCUGGGCUCAAGUGCUCGUUUUGUGUAUGAAGCUUGUGGAGCAAGAGUUUUUGUGCAGCGAUUCCGUCUGCAGCAUGGGCUUGAGGGCCAUACUGGUUGCGUCAACACUCUGCACUUUAAUCAGCGUGGCACCUGGCUGGCCAGCGGCAGUGAUGACCUCAAAGUGGUGGUGUGGGAUUGGGUUCGGAGGCGACCUGUAUUGGACUUUGAGAGUGGUCACAAAAGCAAUGUCUUCCAGGCCAAGUUCCUUCCCAACAGUGGUGACUCAACUCUUGCCAUGUGUGCCCGUGAUGGGCAGGUGCGGGUAGCAGAGCUGUCCGCCACACAAUGCUGCAAGAACACCAAGCGUGUUGCCCAACACAAGGGAGCCUCUCAUAAGUUGGCCCUGGAGCCAGACUCUCCUUGUACUUUCCUAUCUGCUGGUGAAGAUGCGGUUGUCUUCACCAUUGACCUUAGGCAAGACCGACCAGCAUCGAAACUGGUGGUGACGAAGGAGAAGGAGAAGAAAGUUGGGCUAUACACAAUCUACGUGAACCCCGCCAACACUCACCAAUUUGCAGUGGGUGGGCGAGAUCAAUUUGUGAGGAUUUAUGACCAGCGUAAAAUUGAUGAGAAUGAAAAUAAUGGUGUGCUGAAGAAAUUUUGUCCUCAUCACCUGGUAAACAGUGAGUCCAAAGCAAACAUCACCUGUCUUGUGUACAGCCAUGAUGGCACAGAGCUCCUUGCCAGUUACAAUGAUGAGGACAUUUAUCUCUUCAACUCUUCUCACAGCGAUGGUGCCCAGUACAUCAAGAGAUAUAAGGGACAUCGAAAUAAUGCUACAGUGAAAGGCGUCAAUUUCUAUGGCCCUAAGAGCGAAUUUGUGGUGAGCGGCAGCGACUGUGGGCACAUCUUCCUUUGGGAGAAAUCGUCCUGCCAGAUCAUCCAGUUCAUGGAAGGGGACAAGGGAGGCGUGGUGAACUGUCUAGAGCCCCACCCCCACCUACCUGUGCUGGCCACUAGUGGUCUAGACCAUGAUGUCAAGAUCUGGGCACCUACAGCCGAGGCUUCCACGGAGCUAGCUGGCUUAAAAGAUGUGAUUAAGAAGAACAAACGGGAGCGGGAUGAGGACAGCCUGCACCACACUGACCUAUUUGACAGCCACAUGCUCUGGUUCCUCAUGCACCACCUGAGGCAAAGACGACAUCACCGGCGCUGGCGGGAGCCCGGGGUCGGGGCCACAGAUGGAGACUCAGAUGAGUCCCCCAGCUCCUCAGACACAUCGGACGAGGAGGAGGGCCCAGACCGGGUGCAGUGCAUGCCAUCCUGAGAGCCCUGAACUCCCUCGGGAGGGAUGAGUGGUAGGGAAGGGGAGGCAGCUGGGGCCAGCCUGCCAACCUGCUCUGCUUCUCAGGGGGCAUGAGGCUGCCCCUCUCCUGACCUACCCAAGGCCCUCACAUUCAGCAGCAUUGCACUUUGGACUUUUUGCUUUAGAAAAAGAAAGGCAUCCAAGGGGGAAGGACAGACCGGAGGAGGGACACAAAGCAUUAAGAUGCACAAGGGGUGGGUGGGGGGGGUUGAGCCCAGAAAUAUGGUUCGUGGAGAGGUGCACGGGACUCUGCAAAAAUGGCCUCUCCCCAAAUAUUUGCUUUUUCCUUAAUUUUUCUUUCUUUCUUUCUUUCUUUUUCUUUUUUUCUUUUUUUUUUUUUUUUUGAGCCUGUUGUGUUUUGUGUGGUUUUUUUUUGGGGGGGGGCAGUAUUACUUUUUCUCUUCCUUGUUUUUUGGGGGAAGGAGCCAAGGAAUCUUUGGCUGCUUAGUACCAAUGAAGCCAGAGUGGGAAUGGAGGGAUCACUCCUUCUCUGGUUUAGGUUUUUUGAUUUUUUUUCUUUUUUUUCCCUUUCCUUUCCUUUUCUUUUUUUUUUUUUUAAUUUUAUUUUUUUUUAAAAGCCUGGGAAAGUUGCAUUUUCUCCUCCUCUUCCCUUCACCUCCCACCCCCUCCAAUCCCUGCUUGUUCAGGGUAUUUCCACUCCUGCUAGGACUCCUGCCUCUGAGCCCCAACUAUCCCACUCACCUCUUCCCUUUUUGUCCUCCUUUACAUAUCACAGUGUUUUGCACUUGAUUUUGCCCCCUUCCUUCUCCUUUCAUCUUUCACCUCACCACCUAAAACAGGAUGGCAAAGAGGUGGGGAAAACGGAUGAGGAUGGGGGGGGAGGGGGUGUGGAUAGGAAGGAUGUUAACUUUUCUGUUAUUUUUAAGGAAAUGUAUGUUUGGCGGCGGUAAUGUCCCUUUCCCUAUCACUGUUAGAGGCCUAAUUUUAUAUCUAUAAAUAUAUUAAAAAGCAAAUCAAACUUGGAUGUCAUCAAGUUAAAAUUAUUGUCAAGGUUUAAAUAUAUGUUCUCUAUGAAUGCAAUAAAGGGACUGGGUGGGAGGGUUUUAAGGAAGGGAGUGGGAUUAGUGAUGGGGAUGACAAGUGGAGUUAGUUUCCCCUUUUUGUCCCCAACAUACAUACCUAUUUGGAGUUUUCUUUUUUGGAUCCUAGGAGUCUGGAGGAGGGGAAUCUCCCCAACUUUAGAGCACAGCUGCCAUGAGAAAUAGGCAGGGCCUCUCAUUACAACUUGGAUGCUAUCCUUCCCUUAGACCCUGAAACCUUGCCUCUGCUCAUUUUUGGUGUUUUUUGUUUUUUGUUUUUGUUUAUUUAAUUUUUUUUUUUUUUUUUUUGUUGGGGUGGUGGGGUGGUUCAGGGAAUUUGUUCUCUAAGGCCCAAAUGCUAGAUACCCAUUAGAAGCAUGACUUGACUGGACCGUAGAAAGGCUAUCACUCUUUAAAAGCUUGUUUCUUUUUCCUUUACUCACUUAGAGUGACAUAGACCUCCACAUCCCCCCCCACAUCAUCCAGCCCCUCCUCUCACCCCUUCCAGCAGGAGCCAGUGCUCCAAAAGAAAGGUGAGACUUUGAGACUUCACAGAUUCCCCUUUCCCUUGAGGACACCAAGCAGGAGGGUUCAGCCCUAUGGAAGAUGACCAGUAGCAGAGAAGAGUGGGUUGGGGAUGGGUCUCUUUGCCUAGGCAUUUUGGUCAGGAAAUAAAGAAUAAUCACAAUGGGAUUAUGACCCUGAAAUCCCUGGCCCUGGGUGUUCUUGCUGAUCUUGCUGUGCUUCCUUCAAUCCUAACUCUUCAUUGAGCCCAGCCAGGGAACACUUUCCUUUGGCCUAGAGUAGUAAAACUCCUCCUAGACCUACCCAGUUGGGAAAGAUGAAUUGGAUCAAAGAUAAGUUGGACUCUUCUCUCCCUAACACUUUACCCAGCAGCUCUCAGGCCAGAUAUUAAUUAUUCUACCCCCCUCCAUGGAGGAUGUGAGAGAAAAUUGAAUGGUCUGAGUCCCUUAUUGCUUCUAGGGUAAAGUGGGUUGGUUGGGGAAUAAAGCGCUCUGGAGUUUGUUGUAUUUUCUCUCAGUAAAAACAUUUUUUUCUGACUUUCUUUGCUGCCGUGUGUGGUAUAUGGGACCUUCAUUGAGGGCUCUUGCAUCCCUGCUUUGUGCCUGGCUCUCUGACCCCUUUUUCUACCUUCAGGGAUUCUCACAAGUGGCCUCAAAAGAGGCGUUUUAGACUCACAAAGCCCAAACCUGAGCCUGGCACUUUGUAGCUUAAUGAAGCUUAUUGGAGGGGAGCUGCUCCAACUUUACUUAGUUACCCAGACCCCUGUCAUUAAUAAAACCACAACCACAAAAGAGAGGCAGCAUUUAGUGCUGUGGGACUUGCAUGAAUCUCCAAAUUUUGACUUCUCACAGAUACUCCAGAACCAUAGUUUUUUCAAUACAAUCACCUUUAUUCCAGGGUUAGAACAAGGUCGGGCACACUGCAGACAAAAGGGGCACAAGGAAGUGGGGUAACUCUCACUGCAGUGCAGGAGAGUGGGAGGGUUAGUUUUUUUUUUUUUUUUAAUCUGAGAGAAAUCAAGGGACAGGGAAUUUUAAAUGAAAGUGACCCUGCCUUCGUUCCCUCCCCCCCACUCUCAGCAAAGGAUGGGGUGGCACCCCUCCAACCCCAACAUUAUGUACCCCCUAACAUAGGAAGUAAGAGCUCAUUUCUCUUCCCAAUCCCACCAAUCUCUUGUUGCUUUGGGGAAAAGGAGCCAGAGCCCCCUUAACUCCUAGGGAAAAGCCAGGUAGGACUAAGGGGUCUCAGGAAGGUCCUUAAGGCAAAACCGCGGAGUGUGUAGAGGUGUUUGUUAAGGCAGGUAUCUGCAGCAGUGGCAGGAUGGAGAAGCUGGGUAUAGAAAUUGGGGUAUUUGGGGUAAUGGGUAACCUCCAGCCCUCUGGCUUCUUCCUUCUUCCAAUAGCUGGCUUAUCCCUCUCACUUUCUUCCUACUCUUACUUCCUCCCUAAAAGCAUCACAUACAAAAACCUACUCUAAAUCCACUCUAGGCUUGAAUGUUUUUUUUUUUUUUUUAAUUGUCUUCUCUUCUAUUUUGGCAACCCUUCUAUGCCACCCCACCUCCCCCCACCCCCAAGCUCUCUGGUCUGACCUAGACAAUAAGUUAACGCUAGAAACCACAAAAGGGCAAACAUGGCAGUGCGGGUUUAAUAUACAUAUAUGUAGAAUAUAUAUGUACACACAGUUAGCACGGUCAGGGUAGGGAGGGGCAUCUUGGGGUCCAUAGGCUAGGGUCAGUACCCCCUAGUGGUUUGGCUAGGAAGUGGCCAUAAACACAAGGGGGCCAGGAAAUGGGGCCAAGUGGAGGAGUGAUCCGUGUUCCCCCUACCAAAAUGAGCCGGGUCUCUUGCCUGGGGUGCAGAAUUAGUGCAAAAGAAAAUACUGUCGUUUUCCCCCUCCCCUUAACUAUUGUCUGGGGAUAUCCCAAGGGUAACUUGGUGAUAGGGGUAACUCCACGUUAGCCAAUGGUGGGGGCAUGGGCCCUGAAAGUAGAGGAUAGAUUGGGAUUGGAACCCGUAGGCCCAAAAAAGCCCCAAGUUGGAGUGUUUUUUGGAGGGAGGACUGGUUGAGGAUAGUCUUCCUCAGGUUCACUGUGAAAGUCACCAAAGAGGAAUGGAGGAACAAAGAAGGGGCUCUUUGCUAUUCCCCUUCAUUCUUGGCUUCCUACCAACUCUGGCUUUCAAGAGUGGAAAGCAAACAGGGGCUUCAACUUUAAGAACUUUUAUACCCAUCU